CGAUUGAAGAAAGGCAGAGUGGCCGAGCUCUCCAGCAGGUUCGAUUGUCCGCCCGAUCGCGUAGUGGUACGCGUUCGCCGGAACAGGAUCGAGGAAGUCAAGGUAUGUCGAGCACCUAGUACUGCCCGGUCUUUCAGAAACGCCUCGAAAAUGAAUGAAACUAGCAAAACUUCCGCCGAUGCCAAGAGGAAACCGAGUUUUAGGAGAACCCCUGGAAAAGUCAGGGAAGCUGUUAGAAAACUGGAGAAUUACAAACUGCAGGAAAAAACUGUGCCAGAAAAGGUUGAACCGAAGGAAGUUAAAAAGCUCGAUGCAAAACCACAAGUUGUCAAAGACAAUAAAUUAGAAGAAAUAAGAGAGUUAAAACAAACUUCUAAAUAUGGUAAAUUAUAUGAAAAGCUUCGUUUAAAACCGACUGCUAAAGUCAUGAAGAAACCGAUGACUUUGCCUAAACCUGAUCUAAAAACUCUGGAAAAUAGCGCAUUAAAAAACGGCAAAAGUUUAUUUUUGAACCAACCACCUAUUCAAAAAAAAUUACAAACUCCCAACAUAAAAGACAAAAACACUUCAAGCAUAUCUAUUGAAGAUAAGGAAAAUCAAAACAAUCUUUUACUGAGCGUAAUUCCAGAAAAACCUAUAGAGAGUCAAGAAUCUCUGCAAUCACCUCGAGUACCUCCCAGACCUUUCAUGGAAAAUACUUCUAAUACCCAAAAUUCUGAAGAUGCUUUGUAUACCAACUUAUCUAACGAAUGCAGUAUUAAACAAGAUAUAAGUGACGAAGAUAGGCUCUAUCAAGAAAUUAAAUCUCGGAUAAAGCCUAAUCAAUCGUUCCUAUUUCGAUCUAUAUCUCAAACUAAUGAUGUAUAUAUGAAUCUAGUGGAAAUAGAUGAACAACAGUGUGACAAUAUAAAUAAAAGUGUAAAUAAUAGUGAUAGUGUAAAUAAUAGUUAUAAUGAUAUUUAUCUUAGUCCUAAACCGAAUUCUUUGAACAAUUCUAAAUCAUCUGUACAUACAUCAAAUCUGUCUAUAGAUAACUCUAUAGAAACUCUAAAUAAAUAUGAAGGCGUCAUUUUGCGAAGAGAUUUAGCAUCAAGGAAUGUAGAUAACGAAUAUGAUGAAUGCCAAGAUGUUACCAUUGUAAAGAAUAUAAAAAAUGGAUCUGUUUAUUCAGAAAGGCAUUUAUAUCAGCGUUUAUCUGACUGUUCCUCGAAACUGUACGACCAUUUAAAUUAUGAAGAACAUAAUUACGAAGUGUGCAAUGAACCUUUGCCACCCAGGAAUGGAUUAUCAACAAACAUUAGGCAUUCAAAUUUAUCUGAAAGCUCGGACGAACGUGUUUGUUCGCUGUACGAAACAAUACCGGCAGCCACUAUUGAUUGCGAAGAUGGUGAGACUGAGAACGUCUACGAUGUUGUCCGAGGCGGUCGAGAGGAAGAAGAGUGCUACGAGUCAAUUGGUGGCGAAUCACCAAUUCCAACGCCCAAAAAGUUAUCGUCCAAAGAUAUGUUGCCUUUGCGAAAUUCCAACAUGAUUUCUAAACGAAGGUCGACGUCGGUGGAUAGAGUAUCACCAUCAUUAUCUUCGGAUAGACAAAGUAACAGCCUGUAUGGCGCCAACGAAUUGAACGACCUGGACAGCGACGGAUGGGAAGACAUUCCGUCUUCAGAAUCGGAGCAAUUUCGGCCUAAAAAAGGGCCAGCCGUUGUUAUAAUUCGGGAAAGAGCCAGGUGCCAUCGAAGUCCUUCCUGGUCGCGUAAAGUUCGAAGGCAGAGAAGCAGAAAAGGUGCUAGGAGAAAGUAUGAAGAAAACAACAAAUUUAGUCAUCAUUAUGAAUCCCUGCCACCAAAUUCUUCACCACCACCAGUUCACGUGGAAACUAGUCAUACGAUACCAUUGGAUUAUGAAAGUGAUUCCUUUGAUAGUGAUUCGGAUUCAGAUGGAUCAUCUAAUAUUAGGAUGCAUAAUGAUAGUGGCGUGGACAUGGACAAUUGUCGCCUUCCUGAACCACCACCCAGUAGCACCCAGUCCUAUUCCCUCAGCAGAUUUGCAACCGCCGCCAGUCGCAAGAUGAAGAAACUCCGUCGCAACUGGUCAUUAACAAAAAACGAUAUCUCUAAAAGUCUUAGCCGAAUCAAAAAGACAAACCACAAACAUAAUAGAAAUACAGACACUUCUAGUGCUGUUAUAGACAAUAACACUUUAUCACGACAUAUAGAGUCCAACCAAAGCAGACAAGAAGCCAGAACACCCACACCUCACGCAUCAAACGAUUUCAUACAUUUAUAUAACAAUGCAACACAUAAUGGUGGUAGCGAACAAUAUGCUAGUGCUGCUGACAAGAAUAAUAGUCUUUCUAGAAGCAAGUAUUGGUCAUUCAAAACAAAAUUCCGAAGGAGCACUUCAGCUAUAAUUGAUAAUGGGUUUAAUGGAAACUCAGAAUACGGUUUGCAGUCAUCGAAGUCCACAUUCUACCUUACAGACUCUGUAGAUGUUGAUUCUGGGUUCAGCACUGGUAGCGAAAGGUUUGUAAAUUCCGAUUCAAAAGCAUCCCCACCCGAAAUACCGCCACAUACCAAACGAAGAUCCAGGCCUAUGAGCUCACCUGAUCACGAUAAUAAUUCAAUAUCAGGACGAAGAAGUGUUCUUGGAAGCAGACCAUUAAGCCCUCCACCGCCACCACCAAAUAACACCAGCAAAGAUAAUAAAUCAAUCUGCAGUAAAAAAUCUGACCGUUCUGGACGAGGAACUUCAUGGUACGCUGAGUGUGGUUUGUUUAAACCUGAAACACAUAAAGGAGAUAUGUGCAGAGAUAGAGAAAGAUCUAGCAGCACUUCUUGGUACGCUGAAGUAGGAUUGUACCAAACAAGCGCGGCUUCAACAGCCAGCAGUUCUGGUAUGUCUACGGCUCCGGACAGCGGAUCAGAUAGUGGACAUUAUAUGAACAUUACCAAAAAGUGUGGAUUUCCAAAUGGUAUUAAAAUCGAUGAACACGAUGUAUUGCAACACAGAUUUGAGGAUGAGCCUUUAUAUCAAUUUUACAACGCUUCUAAACUUCAGUCUGUGUGCAGUUCUCUAUCAUCCGAUUCUGAAGAUACAGAUGGUUAUGAGGAAGUAGGACCUUUACAAGAUUUAGAAUACUCAACAGAACUUCCAACAAGCAAUAGAAGUUCGUUUAAAUCUCGAGGAACACCCGAUAUAUCUACACUAGUUCCUGACAAAUCGCCAAAAACACACGAAUUUCUCAAAUUAACAGGAACUACACGUGUUCCGUCCAGGACUUUGUGGUGCGAAAUUCCAGAAGUCGUAGCUUCUAACAUCUUGGCCACUCUAACAGCUCAUCAAAGACGUUUACAAGAAGCCAAAUUUGAACUAGUCAGUUCAGAAGCGAGUUAUUUAAACUCUCUGAACCUUUUACGAAGUCAUUUCAUGGCCAAUACAGCAUUUCAUGAUAAACACGUUUUAACAGCUGAAGAGUGGCAAAUGUUGUUUGGAAACGUUGAUCCAGUAUACAAUUGUUCAUCAAAUCUGUUAUCAGAUUUAGAAUUAUGCUGGCAAAGAAAUAUAUUGUUACCAGAUGUUUGUGAGAAAGUUAAACAUCAUGCAGAGCAAGAAUUUCACGUUUAUGUGAAGUAUUGUGAGCAGCAACCACAUCUAGAUAGGACACUCAAAAAACUUAAAGAUCAAAGAGGGCGAUUUUAUGAACAUCUUUGCAUAUUGGAACAAAGUCCAGCUUGCCAAGGCUUAGGUUUACAUUCAUUUUUAAUGUUACCUAUGCAAAGGAUAACCAGGUUUCCUCUUCUUAUUGACGCUGUUUUGAAAAGGCUAGAUCAAAGCGAUGAUGAAUAUCCUAUUUGCCAAUCUGCUCUGUCUAUUUUAAAUAACAUCGUCCAUCAAUGUAAUGAAGCUGCAAGACAAACUGAGCAUAUGGCCGAAUUGUGCCGCCUUUCCCGACUUCUUGAAUAUCCCCAAUAUAUAACACCUGUCCAAUUAGUACCUAGAAAAGUUCCACGCCGAGUGCUGGUGCGAUCUGGUGAACUGACCCAAAUAUCGUGCAGAGGGGAUGACGGUGGACCAGUCACCAGUAACAAACUCACUUUCGGGAAGAAGCUGAUCAAAACAGUUCUUAACUUUUUCUUGUUUACCGAUGUUAUGAUAAUAGCAAAGAAGAAAAGUGAUGAGAGCUAUAUGGUAGUUGGACAUUGCCCCAGAUCCCUAAUAACAGUUAUAGGAAAUGGACCAGAAGGCGGACACAUAUGGCCUGGUAAAGAAGCUCCAGCCAAGCAUAUGCUUUUACUUACAAUACUCGAAAAUCAUGAAGGAAAGACUGUGGAAAUGUUUUUAUCGUGCGCAAGCGAAAGCGACCGGCAAAGAUGGUUAGAGGCCUGGUCACCACCUUCAUCCGACAAUCCUGAUGAAGUUUUGUAUGAAGAUUGGGAUUGCCCACAACUCAUAGCCAGACACCAAUAUUUACCCAGACAACCGGACGAACUAGGAUUAGAACCUGGUGAUGUGAUUAAUGUAAAUCGCAAAAUGGCUGAUGGAUGGUACCAUGGCGAACGAAUUCGAGAUGGCGCAAAGGGAUGGUUUCCUGGUAAUUAUACAGAAGAAAUAGGUUCUCCCCAUUUAAGAGCACGUUAUCUGAAACAAAGAUAUCGUCUAAUGGCUUACAAUGCAAAUUUUGAGCAACGCAGAAAAAGAUGAUAGAUAUUUAGUUUUUUUAACAAUGUUAUUAUUACUGUAAAUUAAAAUUACAUAGAACUGAAUUAUAGCAAAUUGCAUAGCAUAUUUUAAUAGUGAUUACUGAUAAUUACCAUAUGCAAUAAUAGUUUUAACUCAUUUUAUUCCCUUAUUUCACAUAUAUACCCCCUGUCAUGAUAUAUAUUAUUGUAUAUAAGUAAGUUAAAUAUUAUUAUGUUUUACUCUGAUACUGAAUAUAAUAUGGUAAUUUUAUU